UUUUGCAGGUCAAACGUACAACUCCUACUCUGAUCACCAUAAUGAUUUCAUCAUUUGUGCUGCUCCAAAGGAGAAGCCUGUCACAACUAAACAAGCCAUUAUCUAGUUAGCACCUGUAUUGAUGCGAACGCUGUCUUGAUGGAGAUGGAGGAGGAAGGCUCAUCUACAAAGGGCUGGAAUGCCAGAACAUCUAGUCCUCAGUUUGAGGAUGAGAGGCCUCUUUUCCACAGUAACCAGACACCUCCAGGUACUUCUGAGCCAUUUCUGCUGCCAGGAAGUGACGUAAAAGUUCCAUACACCAUCAAUCGAUAUUUACGAGACUAUCAGCGAGAGGGCAUUCAAUUCAUCUAUCAUAACUAUGCCAAAUCCAGAGGAUGCAUCUUGGGUGAUGACAUGGGUCUUGGAAAGACUGUUCAGGUCAUCGGCUUCCUAGCUGCAGUUUUGCAGAAAACUGGUACAUGGAAAGACGUUGAGAACAACAGGCCACAGUUUUUGCUGUCACAGAAGCCAUCAGAACAAGUUCAGAAGGUUUUCCUCAUUGUGGCUCCGCUCUCUGUCCUCUACAACUGGAAAGAUGAGUUAGACACUUGGGGUCAUUUUAGAGUUGUGGUCGUGCAUGGUGUGAGGAAGGAUGAAGAACUGGUGCGUGUGCAGAGAGGAAGAUGUGAGAUUGCUCUUACUACUUAUGAGACCCUCAGACUCUGUUUGGACCAGUUUAACAGCAUUGAUUGGGCUGCCGUUAUCGUUGAUGAAGCUCACAAAAUAAAGAACCACAGGUCCCAGAUCACUCAGGCCAUGAAGGAGAUGAGAUGUAAAGUGAGGGUUGGACUGACAGGAACAGUUCUUCAGAACAACCUUGAGGAGCUGUGGUGUGUUAUGGACUGGGCCAUUCCUGGAUGCCUGAGUUCUCUGGCAGGUUUCAAAAACAGGUUUUCGGACCCCAUUGAGCAGGGGCAGAGGCACACUGUGACAAAAAGAGCUCUAGCAGAAGGCCGUAAAGCAGUUCAGGAACUUGCCAAAAAACUCUCACACUGGUUCCUUAGGAGAACAAAGGCCAUUAUCAGUGACCAGCUACCUAAGAAAGAUGAUCGAGUUGUCUAUUGCUCACUCACAGACUUCCAGCGGACGGUGUACCGAGCAGUGCUGGAUACAGACGAUGUGAACCUGCUGUUGCUGAGCUCAGGAAAGUGUCACUGUGGCAGUGGCCGUCUACGGAAGAAGUGCUGCUACAAACUGAACGCAGACGGUGUGCCGGUCAGAAACCUGUACUUCAGUUAUCUGGCUAUACUGAGAAAGGUUGCAAAUCAUGUUGCACUACUGCAGUCCAAAGAAGGAACCAGCAAAAAACAGGAAAAGUAUGUGACCGCCAUUUGCGAGCAAGUUUUUAAAAAAUUUCCAGAUUUCACAGAAAGGUGCAAACAAGCAGCAUUUGAAGCAAUGUCUGAUCCCAUGUACAGUGGAAAAAUGAAGGUUCUGCAAAAGCUACUAAAUCACUUUAUCGCGAAGAAAGACAAAGUUCUACUCUUCUCUCUUUCCACCAAGCUGUUAGAUGUUCUGGAAAGCUAUUGUAUGGCCGAGGGUCUGGAGUACCACAGACUGGAUGGAAACACCAAGUCUAAGGACCGAGUUAAGAUAGUGAGAGAGUUCAACAGCUCUCGAGAUGUCAACCUGUGUCUGGUGUCUACUUUGGCGGGUGGGCUUGGCCUAAACUUCAUCGGAGCGAAUGUUGUCAUUUUGUUUGAUCCAACAUGGAAUCCUGCCAAUGAUCUUCAGGCUAUUGACAGGGCGUAUCGUAUUGGCCAGUGCAGGGAUGUGACCGUUUUUAGACUCAUCUCUUUAGGAACGGUAGAGGAGAUCAUAUACUUGCGCCAGAUUUACAAACAGCAACUUCAGUUGUCAGUGAUUGGCCAGGAGAAUGCUAGACGCUACUUUGAGGCGGUUCAGGGUACUGACAGCAAGGCAGGGGAGCUGUUUGGUACCCGAAACCUUUUCCGCCUGCAGACUGAUGGCACAUGUCUUACCCAUCGCAUCCUGGAGAGGGAGGGCCAAGUGGAGGUGGGAAUCAUGACGGCCAGAACUCAAGCUCUGGACGAGAGGAUGGAGGAGCCAGAUCCCCGGUCAGCAGAUGCUGCUACUGAGCGAACAGGUGGAUCAGCAGGCUCUGGGCUUAAAACCGCUGGGGUGUUGGACUUCAGCAGUGCAAGUGAGGAUGAAGAUCCCUGCUGCUCCAGGCCCUCAGAAACACACACAGGAGAGCAGACAGGAGCUGGUACUUCCUGUAUUGGCAAUAUGGGCCUGUAUAGUGUUCUCCAGAAACAAAUGACUCAGAGAGGAUUGCAGGAGACUGACAGUGAAGGGGACUUUAGUCAGAGUCAGGAUGAGGAUAACUAUGCAAAACCCACCACGAUUAAGGGACAAGCAUCUAAGACACUGGAUCUGUCCAUUGAAUCCGAGGAAGGGAUGGAGGGUAAACCACAGAGAAUAUCAGAAGUGUCAGCAGACCUUGAGCUCCUUCCACCAAGAUCACACAAACACAACAAUGACAGCACAACUGGUGGCAAGAAUCAUGUUCACAAAAGGGUGAAGUUUGCAGAUAAAAGAUCUGAAGUUGAUAUUGAAAGUUUUUCUUCAUCAGAAGAUGAAGUGCCUCAGAAAGGCGUGAGAUGUAUGAAGGGUCCUUCUCCUCAGGAGAAUAAGUCAACUCACAGAUGGUCUUCUGGGAAGGACAACACUACACAAAUGUCUUUUGGCAUAAAGAGCCGAAACACAUUAGGCUCUAACAAAACCCAAUCCAGAGAUGAAGGAAACACCGGAACUCUGGACUCAUUGUUAGGUGGACUUCAGCACGUGAGCUACACCCACUCAAAUCAGAAGGUAGUGGGCUCCAGCAGAGCAGAAGACCGCCUGAGCCGUGCUGCCGUACGAGAUGUGUUUGAACUCAACAAGCACUCACAGCUUCCUGCAAACCAGAUUCUGGAUUCAUCAGAGACUUCCACCCAGUCAUCUGAUCCCUUACUCGCAGAUCACAGCGAUGGAGGUCAGACACCGCUAGCAUAUGGCAGACCCCACAUGGAGCAUCCGGUCACCCACACCAUCAAAACCUCUUACCGCCAGAACAAUGUCACUGUCAUAGUGGGCGAAACACCCAGUAGCAUGUGCAGACAGCAGUUGGAAGAAAUGUCUCAGUUCUUUGGAUUCGACACUGUGCGAGACUUUGCAGAAGACAUUCUGAAGAACGAUUCAGAGCAGAGACUAAGCCGAUUGCGAAGCUACUACAGCCAGGAGAGCCCUGAACUCAAGAACAUCACCGAAAAGACCUUUCCUAAACCCGACGUCGAGCCAAAGCCACCCACCUCACCGCCACCUUCUACAGCCAGACAAAGAACUACCUCAAAAAGAGCCCACCGAAACUCCCCUCUUAAACCUCAAGUUGAGGUACCAACCCUUGAAGUUGAGGAUCAAAGAGAACCGUCAAAGAAAAAGAGAAUGGGUGAACCAGAAACCUCUGAGGUUCACGUUCACUGCAGUACAGACCUCACAAACAACAAAAUGAAGAUGUCCUCCACAGACAAAGACCCAUCAUCAAGUUCUGGGCAUCUUUCUCAAAGAUCCAGUGCACCAGUAGAAGAAACUAAAACCAACAUUAUUAGUUCCUCACAACCUUUCAAGAACAAGAAAUACACUUCACGGUCACCUUUAGUCUCCACAGAUGAUUGUGCUGCAUCAAGCUCAACCCAGACCAGCAGCUCCUCCAAAAUCACAGACCUUAUAGGUGACACAUCCAUCCUGAAUGACUUGUUCAAGUCAAAGAAGAAAACCGUAGACCAACCGAGGGAUGUGAAAACAUCCACAUGCACAGAAAGAGCAAAAAGUAGAGGAAAGGACUUCUGGGACAUUUUGAAUGAGGGGAAUGUGGAGAGCAUUAACAAACUCACAGAUCUGACUGAGGUGGAGAAGAUCUGUAACAGCGUUAGUGUCUCUGCAAAGUCCAGGAGUAAUGAGAAAACCGAAAGCUCGCAACUUUGGAAAAAAAAUGAGAAAUUUCUCUGGAAACACUAGUUUUAAGGUUGCUCUUUUUUACGAUUAUUUACAAUGUUAUGUUUUAUUG